AUGCUGACCUCCCUCCUCGCCAAAGCCACCUCCCUCCUCACCGAGCCGCCGCCACCGCCGCCCUCCUCCCGCCCCACCAAGACCGUCCUCUUCCGCACACACUUCCGCCUGCCCGACAGCCAGUCCCCGCUGCAGGAGAUCACCUGCGAGCUCACCCUCCCCUCGGGCGAGCACUACACCGGCAAGCUCUACCUCUCCGAGUCCUUCCUCUGCUUCUCGCCCAACCCGCCCACCGCCACGUCCGCCGCCGCCGCCACCGCCGGCGUCGGCUUCACGCUGCCGCUGUGCGCCGUGCGCCGCGUCGAGCGCCUGCACAGCCGCAGCUACAUGUUUGCGCUCGCCAUCACGACGUGGCACGGCGUUGGUGCCGGCGGCGGAGCAAAGGAGGAGCGCAUCACGCUGCAGUUCGUUGGCAUGCGCAAUGCGUGUGAGGCGUUCUGUGAUCGGCUGAAGCGCGGGCUGCGCACGCAGAUGGCCGAGGUGCGGAAUCUGCGGACGCUGGUGGAGAGCUGCUAUAGUGAGUUUUUGCUGGGGGAGGGACGGGGGGGCGAGGAGGGCGGGGGCGAGGGCGGGAAGAGGAGGGAGAGGGUGGUGCCGGAUGCGGGGUUGGGGCUGCUGUUUAAGUAUCCCGGGGAUGCGAGGAAGUUGAGGGAUAAGAGCAAGAUGAGGCUGUGGGCGGAGUAUCUUAGAGAGAAUGGUAGGAAUGUCACGCUGGUGAGACAGCCGACGUUUCAUAAGUUGAUACGUGUGGGGCUUCCGAAUCGGCUGCGGGGUGAGAUGUGGGAGCUGUCGUCGGGGUCGAUCUAUCUACGCCUGUUUUCCCCGACACUAUAUACCGACAUCCUCGCCGAGUACGAGGGCCGGCAUUCCCACAGCAUCGAAGAGAUCGAGAAGGACCUGAACCGGUCGCUCCCGGAAUACCGCGGCUUCCAGAACGACGAGGGCAUCAGCAGACUACGGCGAGUGCUUGGAGCUUACAGCUGGCGGAAUGAGGAAGUGGGCUACUGCCAAGCUAUGAAUAUUGUGACGGCAGCGUUAUUGAUAUACAUGUCGGAGGCACAGGCGUUUUUCCUCCUCUCGACGCUUUGCGACCGCCUGGUGCCGGGAUACUACAGUAAGACCAUGUACGGCACCCUCCUGGACCAGCGCGUGUUCGAAUCGCUGGUCGAGAAGACCAUGCCAAUCCUGUGGGAGCACCUCGUGAAAUCCGACGUGCAGCUAUCCGUAGUCUCGCUGCCGUGGUUCCUCUCACUAUACAUCAACUCCAUGCCACUCGUCUUCGCCUUCCGCGUCCUCGACGUCUUCUUCCUCGAGGGCCCCAAAGUCCUCUUCCAGAUCGGCCUCGCCAUCCUCCGCAUCAACGGCGAAGAGCUCCUCGACGCCACCGACGACGGCGCCUUCAUCUCCAUCCUCAAAGGCUACUUCGGCCGCCUCGACGAGAGCGCCCACCCGCGCAGCGACAACGAGAAGCUCCGCGCCGUCACCCGCUUCCAGGAGCUCAUGGUCGUGGCCUUCAAAGAGUUCGCCGGCAUCACCCAGAGCACAAUCAUGGAGCAGCGCGCGCGCCACAAGGACGCCGUCCUCUCGUCCAUCGAGUCCUUCGCAAAGCGCACGCAGCUGCGCAACCUCGGCCCCGAGUCGAAGCGCCUCACGCCCCCGGAGCUCAGCGUGGUCUACGACCGCUACUACGGCGUGCUCUAUGAGCGCCAGGCGCGCCUGCAGAACAUCGCGGAGGAGCUCGAGAAGAUUGCCGCGCGGAAGAACUCGUCGCCGGGGCUGCCGGGGGCGGGCGCGGGGAAUGGGGAGCGGGGCCGCGUGGGGCUGGGGCCGACGCCGGGGGAGACGGGAAUGGAUUAUGACUGCUUCCGCGAGUUCAUGACGGGCAUUGCGCCGUGGGCCAUAGCAACACCGCAUAGUGCCACGCCGCCGUCGGCGCCUGAGCCGCCACAGCAGGCGGGCGGGUUCUUUGGGUACGGGAUCACGACGAGCGCGGCGGCGGCGGCGACGGCGGCCGCGCGGAAGAACCUGCUGAACCCCUGGGGGGCCGGGAACCCGGAGCCGGCGGACCACGAGUUCCUGAAGCGGCUGUUCCGGCGGUGGGACACGGGCAUGCGCGGGCAGCUGACGCUCGCGAACGUGGUGACGGGGCUGGCCAGCGUUGUGGGCGGCAAGAAGGACAUCAUGGGCAUGAUCAACUACUGGUUCGAGCUGUACGACGACGACGGCGACGGCAAGGUUGACCGCGAGGGCAUCCUCAGGAUCACGGAGGCGCUGCUGUUCGUCACACGCCGCGGCUACGGGCGCGGCGACGAGACGUCCGGCGGCGGCGGCGGCGAUGCCGACAGCGACUUCGACGAGGGGCGCGUCCUCAGCGCCGUCAGCGGCUUCACGCGCAUGUGCUUCGAGUACGCCGACCCCGACCGACCGCACUCCACGAAGCCCCGCUCGUUCAACGAGAAAGUGGCGGCCGAAGAGGACCUCCUCGACCUCCUCGACCCAGAGGACCCGCUCUCGCCCUGCGACAUCGACCGGCCGCCCCCCACACCCAGCGAGAAGGCCAACCUCGCCCUGGACCCCAGCAACCCGCUGCACAUCACGCUGCCCACCUUCCGCAUGGUCGUGCUCGCCGACGAGGUGCUCGAGCGCUUCUUCGAGCGCGGCUUCGCCGAGACGUUCGCCCUCGUCAGCACGGACGGCACCACCGCGUCAGUCCUGCAGCCGACGCCAGCGGGCCCGAACCAGCGCCCCGGCAUCGCGGUGCAGACCACCGCGCUCGGCGGCCGCAUGCCGGCGCUGCCGGCGCUGCCAACCUCGCCGGCCAUUGUCACGGGCACGGCGAAGGGCCUGCGCGGCGUGCUGGAUAAUAUGGUGAAUGAUAGCAUACACCGCGUCACGACGGAGCUCAAGAAGCGCAUGGAGGAUAUGGAUGGGCGUGCGGUGGCCGCGGCGGAGGAGGAGGAUGAGGAGGGGGGCGCGGGCGCGGAUAGUAAGAGUAUUAUGGAGACGGAUAGGGACUUGUUGAAGGGGGCGGAGGCGGAGACGAUUGUGGAGAAGGCGCCCGAGGAGGAGGGGGAGGAGGGGGAGGAGGAGGGGGAGAGGUUGGUGGUGGGGAAGAGGGGGGGGUUGGGGCUGCCGCCGCAGGUGGAGGGCGGGAGGAGGAGUGUUAGUGAGGGGAGGACUGUGGAGUUUGAGAGUUAG